UGGCCCAACACCAUGAAGACCGCUGUCCUGCUCUGUCUGGUGGCUGUGGCCGCGGCCGACCAGUACGCCCGGAUCGUCAACUAUCAGUCCGGCAUUGACGAGGAUGGGUCGUACGACGCAGAGUACGAGACCACCAACGGUAUCAAGGCCAAGGAAGACGGCAUCUCCUACCCGGGCAACCUUCCCAACACCGGAAACUACGUGAUGAGCGGCACCUACUCGUAUACCUGGGAGGGUAAGACCUACACGGUCACGUGGACGGCCGACGAGAACGGCUUCCACCCGGAGGGUGACCACCUGCCCGACUUCAGCCACACUCGCGAACAUAUCGGAUUCGUCGAUGAUCAUCUGUAGACAAAGAAUCAGCCCCAUUCAUCAGUUCGCCGAUUUUCCUAGAAUCAACUCGAAUGUUUGUUUCAUGUCUCCACAU